AUUUUGGAUUGCAUACAUUCGUCUAGCAUCGGAAAGAAAACACAAAAUGGCUUCCAUAGCGACAUUCGCGUUGAUUUUGUGCGUUUUAUUUGUAAAUACGCAGAGUUCCGAUCUCAAUGUUGGCACGAGUCUUAACAGUGAGCUGCUGUACUUGGAGGCUGUACAACUGUCGUCGAUCCCUCUGAAGACCCGGACGAAGAAUGUUUUCUAUAACAAUUCGACGAGCACAAAAAUCAUUAAGGGCAUCACAGCCAUAGACCUGGCCCGCUCCGAAGCGAAGGCCACUAUUACCGCAGGAGGAGUAGGGUCCACCUUCGCCAACAUUCGCCUGAAGAGCGUGAGGGGAAGCGGACUCAACUACCAGAUUCAGAUAUUUGGCUAGAUCUUUUUACUAGGCUGAGUUGUAGCACCUAACUUUAACCGUGACUAUUGCCCGUAUUCACAAACGAUUAGGUGAUCCGUUUGCUCUUUUGCCUCCUGCCACAUAAAAAGAAACGAUGCUUGCUUUAGUAACUAGCAAAUCGAACGCACGGCGUUGAAUAGAGCUCUGUUAUUGGUUCGCGUGUGAUCCUGUACGUCCACGCGCACUGUGAGACCUCGUAGUAAUGUUUGUGAAUUGUAUGGGGUUUGGGAGAUUUUUGACGUUUGUUAUAGUUAAAGUAAGCUGGUGCAACUCAGCCUUAAAUGGAUGUAAUAGAAACUAUUUUACUACAUUUACUUAUAGUCUGAUGUGCUGUACAAAUAAAACACUUAACUUACAAUUUAGCGUCCGUAUUCACAAACAUUACUAUGAGACGCGUGGACGCACAGGGUCACACACGAACCAAUCACAGAGCUCUAUUCAAGGCUGUGCGUUCGAUUUGCUGCUUCACAUAAACAAGUAUCUUUUGUGAAUACGGGCGUACCUAUUUACCUAAAAGAAAGCCCAUACAAUAUUCAAAA